CUUAGAUAGUAUAGCAUAAGUAUCUUCAACAAUGGCUCAACGUGUUACCUACAGAAGAAGAAAUCCAUACAACACCAGAUCUAACAAGAUCAAGGUCGUCAAGACCCCAGGUGGUAAGUUGGUUGCCCAACACGUCAAGAAGGCUGCUUCCAGAGUCAAGUGUGGUGACUGUGGUAUCGCUUUGGCUGGUAUCUCCACCUUGAGACCAAGAGAAUACGCUCAAGUCUCCAAGACCCACAAGACCGUCCAAAGAGCUUACGGUGGUUCCAGAUGUGCCAACUGUGUUAAGGAAAGAAUUGUCAGAGCUUUCUUAAUCGAAGAACAAAAGAUCGUCAAGAGAGUCCUCAAGGAACAACAAGAAAAGGAAAAGAAGACCACCAAGAAGGUUUCUAAGAAGUAAGCUAAUCACUUCAUAAAAGAUUUCAAAUUGUAAAUUUAGUCUUUGGUUUAAUGGUAUCUUCUAUGUAAAUUCUUUUCAUUUAAUACACAAAUACGUCAAU